CCAGUUUUGCUCCAAUAGAAAAUGUCGUUGCAAAUGCAAACACAAAUGCAUUACGGCUUUCUAAUUUGUGUGUGUUUGGUGGGAUUUACUGCUGCAAAAUGUGUUCCUGAAAGAUGUGGUUCAAUGGACGUGAGUUACCCUUUUUGGAUUAACAAUUCUGAUUGCGGACACCCUGAUUUUAAGCUAACAUGCAGAGAGAGCACACUUCCUGGGAUGCAGGAAAAGCAUCCAUACUUUGUUGCCUAUCGAGGAGAUUCUACAGAUGAUAUUCUUGGUGGGUACUAUUACAAAGUUAUGAACAUCGACUAUGAGGGCCAUCUCUUCAGAAAUUCUUCUAUGAUCAAGGUCAGAUCCUGUAAAUCAAACAAGAUUAAGAGAAACUACUUUCAGCUACCUUUAGAUGGGCCUUUCACUCUUUCCAAGUCCAAUAAAUUGGUGGUUAUCGGUUGUGGAACAUUCAGUAGCUACAGUUAUGGGAAAUUGGGAGAGGCUAGAUGUGUUUCAAUAUGCGACUCUCAAAGCGAUAAACCAUACUGCCGCUAUGGGUGUUGUGAAAUUAACCUUCCAAAUAAUUGGCCGUGGAUUAAUUACACAGUGGGAGGUGAAUUUCAAUCAUCCAGCGAUACAAUUAGCAGGUGUGGCUUGUCCACCAUAAUGGACCCCUCCACCUUCACCAUCGUCGACAAUAAAACAAACCUCUUUCGGGGAAAAGGCAGGAAGGCUUAUUAUGGUCUCAUCCUUAACUGGGGUAUUGGCCUUGAGAAUUGUUCCGAGGUUAAAGCAACGGGCAAUUAUUCUUGCUCCUCCAAUGCAGAAUGCCUUGAUUCUCCUUCAGGAACAGGGCAUGUAUGUAGAUGUCUCCCUGGAUAUGAAGGAAAUGGUUACUUCAAUGGCACAGGCUGCACAGAUAGAGAGGAGUGCACUGAUGAAAGGUUGAAUAAGUGCGUUGGAAAGGAGGGAGGAGGAAUAUGCCAUAAUUUAGCAGGUUCCUACAACUGUUCAUGUGCAAGAGGAUAUGUGGGAGAUGGCUUUACAAAUGGGACAGGAUGCAUUUCCACGAGUUCAAAUCGCCUUGUCUUUGCUGCAAUCAUAGGAUCCGUCUCCUCGUUCGUGGUUGUCUCUUUAGCAGCGUCUCUUUUGGUUUGGCGGCUUAAAAAACGCCACUUGAAACUUGUGGAGGCCAAAUAUUAUCAGCAGUUGCCGCAACACAUUGCUUCUACAGUGGGAAGAGAGAGCCUGAGAAUUUUUUCUGCCAAGGAAUUGGCAAGAGCUUGUAAUAAUUAUUCAAAAGAAAUGGUGUUGGGAAGUGGUGGCUUUGGAACUGUGUUCAAAGGAAUUCUACCGGAUGAUACUGUUGUGGCCAUUAAAAAGUCCAACCAAGCUAUAAAUCUAGAGGAUGACCAUGAGUUUCUCAAUGAAACUACAAUUCUCUCCCAAAUAAAUCACAGAAACAUAGUGAAAUUGUUAGGGUGCUGCAUUCAAACUAAAUUCCCAUUGUUGGUAUCCGAGUUUGUUCCGAAUGGAACACUGUUUGAACAUUUACAUUCCAAAGAAAGGAUUUUGUCUUGGGCGUCACGUUUGCAGAUUGCAAUCGAGACGGGGGAGGCAUUGGCAUAUCUGCAUUCUGGAGCAUCUCAACCCAUUUUCCACCGAGAUGUAAAAUCAUCUAAUAUUCUUUUGAAUGAGAAAUUCUCUCCCAAAGUUGCAGACUUCGGGAUUUCUCGUCUCAUCUCCACUUCCAAUAACACACAUGUGACCACUUAUAAUAUAGUGGGCAAGGGUUACUUAGAUCCUGAGUACUUCCAGACGUAUCAACUCACCGAAAAAAGCGAUGUAUACAGUUUUGGUGUAGUUCUGGUUGAGCUUUUAACGGCUCUGAAACCCAUCUGUGUAGAAAGGGCCAGCCACGAGUGGAGUUUAUCUAGUCUUUUUCUGUCCAGACUCAACAGUAAUCGCUUCACAGAAAUCUUCGAUAGCAAAGUAUUGGAGGAGGAAAACAUGCAACAGAUGGAAGAUAUGGCAAGGAUAGCCAGAGAAGGCCUUCGUUUUGAAAGGAGAAAGAGACCAUCAAUGAAGGAGGUGGUGGAGGAACUUAUUUGUGUAAGAGAUGGCACAAGAAAGACAAAAUUCCAUGACAGUGUAGUGUGUGAGGACGCAAUAUUUGACCAGAAAUGCAUUUCCAGGGAAUCAUCACAAAUGUCAUACGAAUUCAGGAGUUACAGUUUUCCAUGUACAGUUGACAGCACAUCGGAGGAACCAUCCACUGCACUGAUUCAGAUGUCGAACCUGGCUGUAUGAUUGAUUAAAGGAAUCACAAGGCUUCAUCUAUUAUAUUAGAAAUAUAUUUGAUUAGCUAGUAUAGAAACAAGGGCUGCGUUUCAGCGUAGUUCUUCAAUGCUUGGGAGGACAGUUCUGUUAGGGGGCUUGAUAAUGUAGCUUGUCCCUAAUCUAUGGUUGUAUGGAGCAACCAGGCAAUGUAAGAGAUGUAUAAAUAAGGUUGAAGCCAUUAAAAGUUCAACGCUUAUGUUUGUAUAAUGAAGGAUUUAAGUCGUUGAAAGAGAGAUUCAAUGCUUUGCCUUGCUGUUCAUUUUUCUAAUAAAUAGA